GUAACACAAAGCUAAGUUCAUAAUUAAAAACCAAUACUCUUGUAGCUUAUUUCUUUCGAUUCAACAAUGGCAUACGUUAAGCUUGCUCCUUUGGCUCUCUUGAUGCUUGCCACAAUUUUAAUAUUUUCUAUGAAGAAGGUAGAAGCUUCGCGUUGUUGGGGUUUAUGUUCGCCAUUUCAGAUUCCACCAUGCGGCUCACCAGAUGAUUGUCGGUGUAUUCCAUGGAUACUAGUUGCGGGUCAGUGUAUCGAUCCAAUUCGUGGUAAAUCAAUUGUAAAGAUGGUUGAAGAACAUCCUUACUUAUGUCAAUCUCAUGGCGAUUGUGUUAAGAAGGGCAAUGGAAAUUUCUGCGGUAGUUACCCUAAUUCUCAAAUCCAAUAUGGAUGGUGUUUUUCUUCCAAAACUAAAGCUCAACACUUUUUCACCGUUGGCUCUAAGCUUACAGUAAAUGAGCUCUUCAAUAUUAGCUUUAAUUCUAAAGCAAUUGUCUCUAAGCUUGCAGUAAAUGAGCUCUUCAAUAUUAGCUCUAACUCUAAAGCAAAAGACUUUCUAAAGAAGGCUAUGGAAAUUUCCACUUAAAUGUCCAACAAAAAAAGAUCAUGCAUCUAGUACUUUGAAUAAUCAGUCUUUCAUUCCAACUCAUCAAUUGGAUUUCAUAGAUAUCCAUAUGAAAUUAAAUAAAUGAUGUAUGUGCAGGAGGAGGAUGUUGUGUAAUACGUAUCUUUAUAAUAUAUAAUAUAUGUGUGGUUACUUUUUAAAUGA